ACCACGAUAUGCCUCAUUCUAGUGGACUUGGCACUCUUUGGUCUCUUGCUCUACGCCCUACGAGAUCUCUUCUCCCUGCUACGUCACAACAAAGAGAUGUUUAGUGCCCACGUCAAUGUGACUCUCCAGGAUCAACCAAAGCACGGUCAUUCGUCAAGGCAGAUCCCACGAAUUCUGCACCAGACAUGCAAGAACGAGACGAUCCCAGAGAUGUGGGCCAAGUCGCAACAGAGUUGUCUCAAAGCGUACUCAGACUUUGAGUACAAGCGUUGGACCGACGAGCUAGCUCGCGAGUUUCUGUCGUCCGAAUACCCUUGGUUUGUGGAAACCUGGGACACCUACCCUUUUCCUAUUCAACGUGCCGAUGCCAUACGCUACUUUGUUCUCCAUCACUAUGGCGGCAUUUACCUUGACAUGGACACUGUCUGCCACCAGCCCUUCCCGCUCGACCAAAUCGAAACCGAGCUGAAGCAUAAUUCCCUCUUCCAGGCCACUUUGCCUACCGGUAUCACCAACGAUAUAAUGAUUUCAUCCGCAAGGCACCCUGCCUUUGCAUCAGCUAUUACUCGACUGCCGUUCCAUCACCGCAUAACGCGAUUCUGGGCAUGGCUUCUACCUUACGCUGCAAUCAUGUUCUCAACAGGACCGCUCUUCAUCUCUCUCGCUACAGCGGCCUAUCUAUACGGAGAACCAUCACUCCCAUCACCCACAGUGCAGAUCAUCAGCUCGACCAAUCUCAAACCCUACAUCACAGACCUCCAAACAGCCACUUGGUACAGAACAGAUGCCCGUGUACUAAAGUGGCUCGCGAACAAGCCGUUGCUUUGGUUUGUUCUGGGCACUGUGGGUGUUAUUGGUGGUGUGUACCUUCUGAACAAGGUGAUCUUG